ACUUUUCCAAUAGACAACUGUGACACCUAUGCAUUAUGUGGUGCCUACGGUAUCGGUACAGUUGAUGAGUGCCCCAUGUAUUGCUGCCUGUAAGGCUUCACACUGAAGUUUUCUAAAGAAUGAGAAAUUUUGGAUUGGUCAAAUGGGUGUGUGAGAACUCCCUUGAAUUGAGAAAAGGUCAUAUUUGUGAAGUAUUCUGGGGUAAGAAUGCCAGAUACACGCAGUACCUGGUUUAACAAGACAAUAGAUCUUCAAGAAUGCAAAGUAAUUUGCAACAAAAACUGUUCUUGUAUGACUUUUCAAACUUGGAUAUCCAAAGGGCCGGAAGUGGUUGCUUACUGUGGUUUGGAGAGCUUAUGGACAUAAGAGAGUACAAUCAAAACGGGCACGACUUAUACAUCAGGACGGCUGCCUCGGAAUCAGGUAGUGACAUAUUUUAAGAUCCUUGCAAUAACUAGUUCUAAUUGUUGAUUUGUAUGCUCUCACUUCUAUUAGAUCUACUCCAGACGGACCAAAAGAAGCAUAAGCUGGUCAUGGUCUUGGCACUGUCUAUCGUGACUGGUCAACAUUGUUUUUCUUUUUCUGAAUUUAGUGACAUGUAUACCUAUGAAGAUGGCAGAAUCAUAUGCUGGAAGGUGGGAGAGUAGUAAAAUUGCCGUUUUUUUUUAACUAUGUUAUCUGGGAACUGUAUUUCUCCUGGGGGAGCCAAGAGGGAAGCCAAGGAGUCCACAACCUUGAGACCGCAACUCAACUUGAACUCAAAUUUGCUUCGAUGGCCAUUCUUAAGGCAUCAAGUGAUGACUGGCAUGAGUCAAUUAGAUUUAUUCACCCAUAUAAAGACACGUAACAUAGGAAAGUCGAUAGGUCUUCUACAACUACAGGACUUCACGUCAUUUUCGCAAGAUACAAAAGCAAGAUGGAUUUCUAACAGUCCAGAUGGUCCAUUCAACCUCUCGAAUUAGUUUGCUGCAUAAUUUCCUGAGUGUUGAUUGUUUAAAGAUUCAAAGAAGGCUUGAAGACUGUCAUUACCUACAGAAGGGACUAUUAUGCACGGCUCUUCUAUUAUGGGAAUGACAGUCUCUUGAAGUACCUUUUCUAAUGACUUCCUGAAGCCAAAUACAAUGAGAUGACCGGUUGAUACAUAUAGAAUUUCUGAGACCGCAGUCUAGUCUUCAAUCAUUUCUAUUCUCUGGUUCAUUUGCAGGUUCAAUCAGAAUGGGAACAGUGGUAGGAGCCUUGAUUAUUUUUUUGUACUUCACUUCAUCUACUAUCACAGGGAUUUCUGGUGCACUUGAUACGUUAACUACGGAUCAAUCGAUGCAACAUGGCAAGAGCAUAGUUUCAGCCGGGGGGACAUUCGAACUAGGAUUCUUCAGCCUCCAUUAUCCCCCAAAGCAUUACCUCGGAAUAUGGUACAAGAAAAUAAAUCCCAUCAAAGUAGUAUGGGUUGCCAACAGAGCCUGUCCACUCACUGAUUCAUCCGGUACUCUGAAGUUCACUAGACAGGGAAGUCUCAUCCUUCUUGAUGGAAAUGAGACUGAAAUCUGGUGUUCCAACUCAUCGAAAGCCUCACAUCAUCCAGUUGCUCAGCUUCUGGACUCGGGGAAUCUCGUAGUGAGAGAUUUAGGCAAUACUGGUUCUGAUAAUAUGCUAUGGCAGAGUUUUGACUAUCCAACAGAUACUUUUCUGGCGGGAAUGAAGUUAGGAAGGAACAGAAUUACGGGCUUUGAUCGCUAUCUUACGUCUUGGAAGAGUGUAGAUGAUCCUUCUCCAGGUAAUUUCUCAUUCCAAGUUGACCCGAAUGGGUUUCCCCAGAUACUUCUGAAGCAGGGCUCCACUGUCAAGUCUAGGUUACGACCAUGGAUUGGUGUCCGAAAUGGUGGAACGCAGAAUUUGAACCUGGAUCUGAAGUACACGUAUGAAUUUGUUCUGACUGAGCAGGAGAUGUACUGCCACUACCAAUUCUUCAACAGGUCAGUCAUAUCCCGUUUGUACUUGAAUCCGGAUGGUGUUGUGCAGCGCUUCACAUGGGUUGACCAGACACAGAGUUGGGUUCUAUUUCUUGUUGGACCAUCAGAUGACUGUGACCUUUACACAUAUUGCGGAGCCUCCUCUAGCUGCAACAUCAAUAAGUCCCCGGCGUGCCAGUGCUUGAAUGGAUUUUCACCAAAGGUCCCACAAGAACGGAGUACAUUGAACCGGAUUGGUUGUGUUAGGAUGAACAGUUUGGACUGUAGAAAAGACAUAUUCAGAAAGUAUCCUGGUUUAAAGUUGCCAGAUACACGGAGCUCCUGGUUUGACAGGAGCAUGGAUCUCCAAGUCUGUGAAGAAGUUUGCAAAAGGAACUGUUCUUGUAUGGCAUAUUCUAAUAUAGAUCCUGAAGGUGGAGGAAAUGGAUGUUUGCUGUGGUUUGGAGACUUGAUUGAUAUUAGAGAAUACGAUGAAGGUGGGCAAGACCUCUAUGUUAGGAUGUUUGAUCUGGAUCCAGGUCACUCAAGCCAGAAGAAGGAGAAGCUGAUCUUAGGCUCGAUAGCUGUAACAUUGCUGCUAUUCCUAGGUCUCAGUCUAAUGGUGUAUGUUCAGAAAAAGAAGCACUUGCAAGUCAGACGUUUUAACUCAGUUUUCUCCGGUGGGAUAUCUGAUUUUCUGAGAGGAUCAGAAAAUGUCGAAUGCUCGGGAGAAGAUCCAGAGCUACCGUUAUUUGAAUUUGCCACAAUAGCUGAUGCUACAAACAACUUCUCAACGGACAAUAAGCUUGGAGAAGGCGGUUUUGGACCUGUCUACAGGGGCAUGUUGAAGAAUAGUCGAGAAGUUGCUGUGAAGAAACUUUCAAGGAGUUCAGGCCAAGGACUAGACGAGUUCAAAAGUGAAGCUUUACACCUAGCCAAGCUUCAGCACAGAAACCUCGUGAAGCUUCUAGGAUGCUGCAUUCAGAAAGAAAUGUUGCUGAUAUAUGAAUACAUGCCCAACAAAAGUUUGGAUACGUUCAUUUUUGAUCAAGAGCAGAGGAAGCUGCUUGAUUGGAGGAAGAGAUUUCACAUCAUCAGCGGAGUAACUCGGGGACUUCUUUACCUUCACCAAGAUUCCAGACUGAGAAUAAUUCACCGAGAUCUAAAAGCUAGCAAUGUCUUGCUAGAUUGUGAGUUGAAUGCUAAGAUAUCUGAUUUCGGACUUGCUAAAAGUUUUGGAGGAAAUGAGACAGAAGCAUGUACAAAGCGAGUGGCUGGAACAUAUGGUUACAUGUCCCCCGAGUAUGCAAUUGACGGAGUUUCCUAGGCAAAGUCGGAUGUGUUCAGCUACGGUGUUUUGAUGCUGGAGAUAGUUAGUGGGACAAGAAACAGAGGGUUCUCUUACCCAGAUCACCAUCAGAAUCUUCUUG